CCCGGUCCGAGUCCAGCUGUGAGCAGCCCCGUCUGCUAGAUCAGAGUCGUCAGGAUGAAGAUGAGACAGCUCGGAGCGUUGUGCGGAUUCGUUCUGCUGAACCUGGCCGUCCUCGCCGCCGCCCGGCCCAAAGCAGGUCCUGAUCAGAAGUGUAAGUCCGGUCCCGUGGACCUGGUCUUCCUCAUCGACAGCUCGCGCAGCGUCAGGCCGCACGAGUUCGAGACCAUGAGGAAGUUCAUGAUCGACAUCCUGGACACGCUGGACAUCGGCGCCAACGCCACCCGAGUGGGAGUGGUCCAGUACUCCAGCCAGGUCCGCAGUGAGUUCUCUCUGAAGACACACGGCAAAAUGGACACCAUGGUGAAAGGCAUCAAUGACAUCGUCCCCCUCGCUCAAGGCACCAUGACGGGGCUCGCCAUCAAAUAUGUGAUGGACAAUGCCUUCAUCGUCGAGGAGGGAGACAGGCCAAAGGUCCCCAACGUGGUCGUGAUCGUGACCGACGGACGUCCCCAGGACCGCGUGGCGGAGGUGGCGGCCGAGGCCCGGGAGAAGGGCAUCGAGAUCUACGCCGUGGGCGUGGCCAGGGCCGACAUGACCUCGCUGAGGGCCAUGGCGUCGCCGCCGUUCGAAGACCACGUCUUCCUGGUGGAGUCCUUCGAUCUCAUCCACCAGUUCGGACUGCAGUUCCAGGACAAGCUCUGUGGCGUGGAUCUGUGUCUGGAGUCGGAUCACGGCUGUGAGCACAUCUGUGAGAGCUCGCCGGGCUCCUUCCACUGCCUCUGUCUGCCCGGAUACACGCUGAGCGACGACGGGAAAACAUGCGCAGCUGUCGAUCUGUGCACUGAGGGGAAACACAACUGUGAACAGAUCUGCAUCAGCUCCCCUGGUUCCUUCACCUGCGACUGCAACAAAGGAUACAAACUGAAUGACGACAAGAAGACCUGCUCAAUGAUCGACUACUGUUCGUUUGGGAACCACAGUUGUGAUCAUGAGUGUGUGAGUGUGCUCAGUGGCUAUCACUGCCGCUGUAACCAGGGAUACAGGCUGCUGGACAACGGCAAGACCUGCCAGGCCAUUGACCUGUGUGCUGAGGGGAAACACGACUGUCAGCAAAUCUGUGUCAGCGCACCGGGCGUCUUCACCUGCGACUGCAACGAAGGAUACACACUCAACGAGGACAAGAAGACCUGCUCACCCAUCGACCUGUGCGCCGAUGGAAAACACAACUGUGAACAAAUCUGCAUCAGUGCACCAGGCGUCUUCUCCUGCGACUGCAACAAGGGAUUCAAACUCAACAAAGACAAGAAGACCUGCACAAACAUGGACCUGUGCAACACAGUGGAGCACGGCUGUGAGCACCAGUGCGUCAGCACUCCUGGAUCUUACUACUGCAUCUGUCCGGAGGGACAGCUGCUGCAGGAGGACGGCAAGAGCUGCGGCACCUGCAAGUCUGCCAACAUUGACCUGGUGCUUCUGAUCGACGGCUCCAAGAGCGUCCGCCCACAGAACUUUGAGCUGGUCAAAAAGUUUGUCAACCAGGUUGUGGACUCCCUGGACGUGUCCGCUCACGGCACCAGGGUCGGUCUGGUCCAGUACUCCAGCCGGGUCAGGACAGAGUUCCCUCUCAACAUGUACCACUCUGCUGAUGAGAUCAAGGCUGCGGUCAUGAAGGUGGACUACAUGGAGAAAGGUACGAUGACGGGUCUGGCCUUGAAACACAUGGUGGAGAACAGUUUCUCAGAGGCAGAAGGCGCUCGUCCUUCCAGCCGCAACAUCCCGCGAAUCGGACUGGUCUUCACGGACGGACGGUCCCAGGACGACAUCACCGAGUACGCCAAGAUGACCAAAGAAGCCGGCAUCACCAUGUACGCUGUGGGCGUCGGAAAAGCCGUAGAAGAUGAGCUUCGUGAGAUCGCGUCGGAGCCUGUGGAGAAACAUUUCUACUACACCACUGACUUCACCGCCAUCAACACCAUCGCCGAGAACCUCAAGUUCAACGUCUGCCCAGAGGAGAGUCAGGGGGAGAUCGAGGUGAAGGACCCAUGUGCCUGUGAGAGUCUGGUUGAGUUCCAGCAGGCGACCAUGAGCAACCUGGAGCAGCUCACACAGAAACUGGCUGGGAUGACUGCUCGUCUGGAGCAGCUGGAGAACCAGCUUCUCUCCAAGAAGUGAUCUGGACGUCACGGAGGAAGAAUGACAGAGUGAGGAGGAGGAGGAGGAGGAGGAGGAGGAGGAGGAGGAGGAGGAGGGCACAUCCUGGAAAGAAUCACAAACCCUUCUAAUCCAUGGACGAACCAAAGUGUCUUUUCUCAAAGCCUUUGUGGCCUUCACGAGAUCUGUUGAUCUUCACGUCUAGGAGGACGGCAUUCAUCAGUUUGUGAUAUUGAUUCAUAUUUCUUGAAUAGAUGUAAUGUUUUAUCUUUAAAAAAACAAAAACAACAACAACACAUCAGUUUCCACUCCGAUAACGGUACAAAAUAAAUUCAUAAAACGGAUGAACAUUAAACCAUUUGGGAAAUUUCUGGGAAAUUUAAAAACUGAGUAUCCACGAUCCGAUACACAAACAGAAUUGAGGAUAAAUUCAAGAGAUUGUAAAACACACGUUACCAACACAAAGACAACUGUGGGCUUGUUUGUAUCUUUGUAAACUAAAUGUAAUCAAUGUACAGUAGAUAUUAGAUUAUAGACACAAAACAUUAUUCACUGAAAACACGAGCAGCAGUUUUCCAGUCACACAGCAUUCGUCUGUUUCUGUCAGUGCCCUAUUUAUACUUGAUCUGUUUUGUACGGUUUUGUUAAAUAUGAUGUAUUUAUAGCUUCUUUUUUUUACCAACAGUAGAGAGAAAAUGAAGUGUUGUUACCACUCCCAUUUUUCAUACUAAAUCGUGACAUGUUUUCCCGAAGAAAACUAGUUUUUUUAAUCGCAGGCCAGAUGUUGAAAACAAAGGGAAGUGUGAAGUAUCACUGUUCACUAAAGCUGUGGUCUGUUGUUGAUUGAGGUGUUCAUAUCAAUAUAAUCAGUAGUAUGUCACUCAAUAAAUACAACCUUUCUUACAUAAAAUUUAAUUUGUUCUUCAAUCUGCACUUUCUACAUUGUGUCUUGCAACAGCCUCAAAAUGUUUGAUUAUUCUUUUACAUGUCUGUCAAAACGCAAACCAACAACUUUCCUCCACUUUGCGUCUGUUGUAGAUAUUAUUGACCGACACAACUUUAGUGAAAAAAAAUCCGUGCCUCUCACCAAGAGGGUAAACUAUUAGGCCCCCAAAAAGAUGUAUUAAUUAAAACAUGUAUUAAUUAAUAAUAAUGAAUUCAUUAAUGUGACGGACUCAGCGAUGGUAAAUUUUUUUGCAGUUUUGUAUAAAAGGACCGCAAAUUUAUUCUCCUUUAUAUAUGAACACCUGUUAUGUUUUUGUAUAUUUUCUAAUUGCUUUACCUUUUCAUAUUUUUCUGAUGAAUCCCUGUAUUACCGCACAGACGGCAAUAAAAGAGUCAACUUUUCA